AUGGCGGCGGCGGGGAGCGCGGCGGCGGCGCCCGGGCCCGAACCCAUGCCUAGCUACGCGCAGCUGGUGCGGCGCGGCUGGGGCAGCGCGCUGGCGGCGGCGCGGGGCUGCGCGGGCUGCGGCUGGGGGCUGGCGCGCCGCGGCCUGGCCGAGCACGCGCGCCUGGCACCGCCGGAGCUACUGCUGCUGGCGCUCGGCGCGCUCGGCUGGACGGCUCUGCGCUCGGCGGCCACCGCGCGCCUCUUUCGGCCCCUGGCCAAACGGUGCCGCCUCCAGCCUAGAGACGCGGCCAAGAUGCCUGAGAGCGCCUGGAAGUUUCUCUUCUACCUGGGCUCCUGGAGCUACAGUGCCUACCUGCUCUUCGGCACUAACUACCCCUUCUUUCAUGACCCACCGUCUGUCUUCUAUGAUUGGACGCCAGGCAUGGCAGUGCCACGGGACAUCGCGGCCGCCUACCUGCUGCAGGGAAGCUUCUACAGCCACUCCAUCUAUGCCACGCUGUACAUGGACACAUGGCGCAAGGACUCCGUGGUCAUGCUCAUCCACCACGUGGUCACCCUGGUCCUCAUUGUCUCCUCGUACGCCUUCCGGUACCACAAUGUGGGCAUCCUUGUGUUCUUCCUGCAUGACAUCAGCGACGUGCUGCUUGAGUUCACCAAGCUCAACAUCUACUUCAAGUCCUGCAGUGUCUCCCACCACCGGCUGCAUGCCCUGGUGGCAGACCUGGGCUGCCUCAGCUUCUGUUUCAGCUGGUUCUGGUUCCGCCUCUACUGGUUCCCACUCAAGGUCCUGUACGCCACAUGCCACUGCAGCCUGCUUUCCGUGCCUGACAUUCCCUUCUACUUCUUCUUCAACGCCCUCCUGCUGCUGCUCACCCUCAUGAACCUCUACUGGUUCCUGUACAUCGUGGCUUUGGCGGUCAAGGUGCUGACAGGCCAGAUGCGCGAGCUGAAAGACCUACGGGAAUACGACACAGCAGAGGCCCAGAGCCCCAAGCCCAGCAAAGCUGAGAAGUCGCUGAGGAACGGCCUGGUGAAGGGCAAGCGCUUCUGACCCCCUUGGCCCCCGCCCUGCCACCCGUGAAUCGUCCAGCGCAACCAC